AUGUCCGAAAGCCGAAUGAGCUCGGAGGCUGCGGCAACACCUCACGGCUCACGACCAUACCGCUCCCAUCGAUAUCCAGCGUGCGACCUUUGCCGACGACGGAAAACGCGAUGUAUCAGGGACGUUGACGACCAGCCUUGUCAGUUCUGCAAACAACACAGCCUCGAGUGUACGAGGGGUCGUCGUUCUCAAGGGGCUAGAAAUGUUGCCGACUCACCUCGCCGCCAGAGGUUGGCGCGGCCAGCUGGGCAGAGGUAUAGUAGGUCAUCACCAGCACCUCCCCAAAGAGUCAACCCAGAGCCGCCCGCUCUGGAAGACAUCACAGUGCUCAAUGGAACCCAUACACACCAAGAGGAGACCAUGAGCAGUAGUCCUGCACACGACGACCGGGCCUCGAGCGAGAACGAAGAAAGUACAUAUCAACGACCGGCUCAGACCCACUCGGGUCACAUCAUCGGUCCCGUCGCUGCUCGCGACGUCCAGGUAUUGGAGCAGUACAUGUCCCCGGCAGCGACUCUUCCUGUGUCUCAUGCACGCCCAAACCCUUACAGUGUAUACUCGAGUGAUUCUCGGAAUCCAAUCGUCUAUCUGAAAGUCGCCCGCCAGCGUGUCCGCGCCUCGCGUGGCAAUGGAUCGGCAGGCUUCAAACAAUAUGAGGCGAUCGAAAAGGUGCUCGAACCUCUCGGCGGUGACAUUGUCGAGCUCUAUUUCCAGGCGUUCCAUCCUCCAUUCCCCAUUCUCGAUGAGAAGACGGUUCUGGAAUCCUACCGGAAGAAGGCUUUGCCGCAUGUUUUGGUGUGCGAGAUCUAUGCGGUCUCGAUGAUAUCAUGGCAAGCCUCGCAAAGACUGGCAAAAGCACGUCCAGAUCGGCCGGACGUGAGAUACAUCUGGAAUCAAACCGUUGAAGCAUUGAACGAGGAGUUUCUCGCACCGGGAUUCUCGACAGUUUUGUCGUGCAUUCUCGAUCUUACAGGUCGGCCCACGACCUCGAUGACAUACAACGCCAUCAACAUCGGCCGGGCGGUGGCUUUGUCUCAGAGUUUAGGAUUAAACCGAGACCCUCGUGGCUGGAGCCUGGACCAGCGGCAGAAGGCACUUCGAAUCAGGACGUGGUGGGGAGUACUUAUUCACGACUGGUGGGCGAGCCUUGCGCAUGGAACUCCUCCACAUAUCCACUCGCAGCAAUUCGAUGUCGAGGUCCCCGACCUGAACUCUCUGCUGAUAGGUAGUGCGAUGACGGGCGAUGAUGCCGGUCGCACCUCCAGUCCACGCAUAAUGGGUGCUCAAAGCUUUCGGGCCUUGUGUCAGCUUACAGAAAUCCUCGGGGACAUAUUGCCCCUAAUCUACGACACCAGACGGGGCAAACCUGAUGUGCAGCUCCGGUCGCUGAAGCGCAUAGAAGCGGCAUUGGAUGAUUGGGAAGAAAAUCUGCCGCAAUCGUUGAAUCCGAGGGCGCCGGAUUUUCAGAGAGACCAACCUGGCGCGUUGAGUCUUCAGCUGUCAUUCCUGGCUGUGAAGUUGUGUAUCUGUAGGGUCUCAUUACUGGAAUCUGUCAAGACCGAUGAUUAUAAUAACCCGGAAACAUGGCAAUAUCUGCAUCUGCAGUGCCGCAGGGCAGCGAAAGCCGUGAUAGACUUCACUCUGUCCCUUCGGGGCCGCGACCUGCAUGCAUUCUGGAUGCCGUAUACUGCGUACCAUUUUGCAUCGGCAGCGAUCCUCAUCCUCCGGUGCGGACUGGAAGCCGCAAACGAUGAGACGGCACGUGACUGCAUCUCAUCUGCGCGUGCCCUGGUCGAGCACCUCCGAAAGGCCAAGGACGAAGCAAAAUGGGACUUGGCCGACAUUUGUCUGUCCCAAUGCGAACCAGUGGUCCACCAACUAAGUGACGACACCUACCUUCGAGAGCAGCGGAGGCGCAACCGUGGGAGCGGAGCCGCAAUGCCCCGUCCGAUCGCUGCACCUCCGGAUAGAGCUGCAUCUUAUAUGCAUAUGCAUCAGAUCGAGCGGCAGACGUCCGCUGACACAAGCAGUGCGGCGGCGGCGGCAGCAACACGGCCCUUGACGGACACUUCUAUGCUCACCGCCGACACCACCUUGCAUUUGGGGAAUUCCAACGCUGCAGUUCAGGAAGCUGAGGCGGCCAGGACAGAGGGUCCCUGGGACCCCUUUGCUCAUCUGAGUAUCCCAGAUCUCUGGGAAGCCUCUGGCCUGAAUGACUAUAGUGGAUUAAUGACAUAA